UAUGCUAAUCGCGGGGCCCGCGCGCCGGGGGGGCCGGGGGGACCCUCGCGUAUAAAGGGGCGCGCGCGGGCUGGGCGCUCCACAGGCGAGUGCUCUGCGCUCUGGGGGUGCCAGCCAGGCCUGACCAGCCCUGCGAGCGAGGACGGGCAUCGAGGGGGCGCGGCCGCCAGCCGACCACACCGCCAGCGACUCAGGAGCCGUGCACGGCCCGACUGUCAGCGACUUGGCCAUGGAGCGCCUGGUCUCCCGCCGCGCCUACCCGCCGAUGGCGCGCACCAGCGCCUGCCGCAGCCUCUUCGGGCCCGUGGACCACGAGGAGCUGAGCCGCGAGCUGCAGAUGCGCCUGGCCGAGCUGAGCGCCGAGGACCAGCGCCGCUGGGACUACAACUUCCAGCAGGACGUGCCUCUGCGCGGCCCCGGGCGUCUGCAGUGGACCGAGGUGGACAGCGAGUCGGUGCCCGUCUUCUACCGCGAGACCGUGCAGGUGGGGCGCUGCCGCCUGCUGCUGGCGCCCCGGCCCCGCCCGGAAGGCGCGGGCGCUAACCCGCCCCCCGCGCCGCCGGCCGAGGAGCCCCUCGACGAGCUGGGGGACGCCCCGGCGUCGCCGCCGCCGAGCAGCGGCCCGGAGGUGUCCCCCGCCCCGGCCCCGGCCGUGGCUCCGCAGGAGAUCGCUGAGCCGGAGGCCGGCCCGCCGCCGCGCAAUCAGGAGCCUCUGGCGGAGCCGCUCCUCGCGGGGCGCCCCGCGCCGGGUGCUGCGGCCGCAGCCCCCGCCGCCGCUGCCGCUGCGGCCGCAGCCCCCGCCGCUGCCGCCGCCGUCGCCGUCGCCGCCGGCGCUGCCACCAACGCCGCGGCCGCGGGAGGCGCCGCGAUGAAGAAGCUGGCCGGGCCUCUGAUCUCCGACUUCUUCGCCAAGCGCAAGAGAUCUGCGCCCGAGCCCAAGGCGGCCAACGAGGUGCCCGGCGGCUGCUCCGCGCCUGGCGGCGGUCCAGGCGUGGGCCCCGCCGAGCAGACCCCGCGCAAGCGGAUGAGAUGAGCCUCUCGCCCAAAGAGCCCGAGGGAACCCACUGAGCAGCGGACAGGAGACAAGCCUGGGCCCCGGCUGGGACCGUCCAUGUAGCAGCUGCUGGCGAGCAGCGAUCGGUUUUGUGUUUAAAGUUUGAAAACUGUGCAAUGUAUUAAUAACUCUUUUAUAUCUAAAUGUAUUCUGCACCGAAGAGUACACUGGUCCCAAGGUGUAAAGCUUUAAGAGUCAUUUAUAUAAAAUGUUUAAUCUCUGCUGAAACUCAGUGCAAAAAAAAAUGAAAAAAAGAAAAAAAAAGGAUAAAAGGAACAUGUAUAUUUGUACAAAAAGUUAAAAAAAAAAGUUAUACUAACUUAUAUUUCUAUUUAUGCCCGCGGCAGCUUGGCCCUUGGCUUUGCCAAGCAAGGCACGCACUGCACCUGGGGGUCCCCUGCCAAUCGAUUCCAUAGCGGACCCCGGGGCGCCCACCAGCCUAGCGCCCGCCCGCGUGCCAGCCACCUGCGCGCCCGCCACCUGCGCGCCAGCCCGCCUCGCUUGCAGUCUCUCUCUCUCUCCGCGCUGUCGCUGUCUCUCUCUCUCUGUCUCUCUCUCUCUAGUCGCUUCCUCUAAACCUGACAUCUCCGUUGAGAAGGUCCUGAGCCGGCCGCACCGCUGCCCGGCCCGUCCGCUGGGUUCCAAAUAAAGAGGCCAAAAAAAUUGCUGCAA